ACGUGUCCCACCCCGACAUGUUUGGUUUUUCCCCUCCUCCAUAGUCCGCCUUGUUUCCCUCCAUCUCUGCUGAUCUGUCAGUGCUCGGACGUUGCGUUAAGGUGCGGAUCCGAGUCCCACUCUUGGGGAAAUUUGAGGAAAGUCAGACGACAUACACGUCUUUGAGGAACAGUAACCGACCAUUUACAUUUAGACGACAGACAUUUUACCGCCUGUGUGCAGUUGCUCUGAACCUACAGUAAAAUGGAUCCAAUGACUCAGUCCGCCCAGAUCUCAUCGUCGCAAGGGCUUGCCGAUGGACAAAAUUCGGCUGCUAAAGAAUCAAAGCCAUCCGUUAAGGAUCUGAUCCACUGGCGGGACCCCAAGAAGUCGGGCUUGGUGUUCGGGCUGUCCAUGCUGCUGCUGCUGUCGCUGGCAGCCUUCAGCUUCAUCAGCGUGGCCUCCUACCUCCUGCUGGCCCUGCUCUGUGUCACCAUCACCUUCCGCAUCUACAAGUCCGUCGUCCAGGCAGUGCAGAAGUCCAGCGAUGGACACCCCUUCAAAACUCUGAUAGAUAAGGAUGUCAGCAUCCCCCCAGAGACCUUCCGCAAGCACGUGGACGCCAGUCUGACCCACAUCAACCGAGGCCUGAAGCAGAUGAGCCGCCUCUUCCUGGUCGAGGACCUCGUGGACUCCCUAAAGCUGGCUGUGGUCAUGUGGCUGUUCACCUACGUAGGAGCCGUCUUCAAUGGAAUCACCAUUCUCAUCCUGGCUGACAUCCUCCUCUUCGCCGUGCCUCCCGUCUACGAGAAGAACAAGACCCAGAUCGAUCAAUACAUCGACGUGAUACGCACUCAAGUCAACACCACGAUGGCCAAGUUGCAAGAGAAACUCCCCGGAGCUGUGAAACGCAGCAAAACUGAAUGAUCAACCUUCCAAUUAGAAGCCUCCACGUCACCAUCAUCCUCAUCUCCAUCACCAUCUUAGAGCCCCCUUACCUACUCCUACCCCCCUCCAGAUAACCCCCCUGCCCCAGUCUAACUCCUCCCCCCUUACUCCAUCAACCAUCACCUACUACACUGAACCUUGCUAAGUAGAAAAUCUCUUGAGCUACUCGAUAUUCAAUGUAAAACUACUGCGCAGCUUAACUUGCAAGCAUUAAAAAGAACUGUGCCUGUGCAGAUAGGAAGCGCAUCGCUAGCGAGGAAGUGAUGUAGCGCCGCGGCGGACCCUGACUUGUCAGCGGGCGCGUUUGCAGGGGAAGCGGAGGCAGGGUGGAGUGAACUAGACUGAAUCUAUGACCUGGUUUCGUCGUGUUCAGCCAGCAGGGGGGGAUGAUGGCUGUCUACGUCAUAAAAAAAAAGCAAAUGUCUGUACUUAACGUAUUUCCCUGACAGCAAACGGAUCACUUAAGAUGGAAGAUUACAAAGACAGAAAAAGGAAAAAAAAGCGUAAUAAAACAAAUGUUUUUGGGUGUAAUUGUGGCUAGUCUUAUCCUGCUGUCCUGCUCUACAGCUGUUCAUAUGAGUUCAUUUUAGAGGCUGGUAGCGGGUUUGUCGUUACGGAUCGGCCGGUUAGCCUCCAUUGCUCAUUGGCACGUCUGUACGUUUCUGCAAUGCACUGAACUUUUACUUUUUUUUAACCCCAAGAGCAGCUUGAAAUAAAGGCGUUGGAACACUGAGCCAGCUGUGAUAAUUUGGUCUAGUUCACCCUCUUGAUCAGAUGUAUUUCUUUUGAACAGUUCUCUGUAUGUAAAUAAUUCUCCUCCUGAAGACUCUCUGCUCUCUGCUGUACGGAACACGUUCGCCUCGCUUUUUAUAUCAAAGGAGAAGUUCCCUCACAGCAGCCCUCCUUCUGUCGCACCUGUUCAAGCCACAGUGUCGAGGUCUCACACUCAAUUGUACAUUUUUCUUCUUCUUCUCACUGCUUAUUACUAUUAUUGAUAUUAAUUAUAGGAUCGCUGCUUUGACUCCCUGGUAGCUUGACGAUGGCAUUGUAAGAGAUCUGUUAAUUGUCACUGAGCUUGGUUUUAAACCGGAGGUGUUUCAAAGGCCUCCCGAGAAAUAAUUUCCCGAUUGUUCGAUAAGUUAAGAGAUUCUCUCUGAUGUCUUGUCGCACCCUUAAGUCUCUUAACGGCUUCCCAGCUCACUGUUUGUGUUUUAGAAAAUCUACUGGUGAACCGUGUUGAGUUCAUAAUCUAUGGAGUAUAGAAAGUGCCACCAGAAUAUAUAUCGACUUUUACCUUAAAAUGUCCACUUUCUAGCAUUCUCUGCGCUUUGACGACGGAUAGAUAUGGCUGAUGGCUCUGGAAAAAAAAAAUGUUCUAAUGUGUUUGUCUAGAUUUUUGGUGGGUUGAAGAAUGAACUACAACUUAAGUUUAAUCAAUUUACCUAAAUUAAAUUUAAAACAAUUACGAAUUUAUCAUUUGUUUUAGAAAUGGUUCAACAAGUCUAACUAUUCUUUUGUCACUUUUUAGACUCCAUCCAAAACGUCAGCAAUGACCUGAGAGGACGUAAAUAAGAUGAGGAUGGUGCGAUGUUGAAUAAGAGUGUAGCAGGGAUAUGGAAGUGUUUUUUGGUUUUGGAGUGGUUAUUAUAGAGCUCUGUUUGUCCUUUUCUUUGACUGCCAUGAAGCGCAUGUCAUAGUGUAAGCUGGAAACAGACCCCCCCCCCCCCCUUAUAUAGGCUGUAUCAUAUUCUCUACCCUGACUUUUGUUCUAAUGAUUAAUACUUGUGACUGUUUCGAUGGUGUUUUUGAACUCGGUAAACCAUAGUCAUAUGUUAGCCACUGCUACGUCUCCAUAUUGUUUUAAGGGAUGAAUACAUAGAAGGAAAUGAGUAUGUUUGUGUUGCUGUCCGGUUCAUUGCUCCCCACAUUAAGUUUGCACAGAGUCCCCAGAAUACUGAAUAACCAACAGCCUCUCAAUGCUACCCAUUACUACUAUUACUACUACUACUGCCUGUGUACUGAAUGUUUUCUCUGGAACAUUCCUCCCCAUGCAUGCCCUCUACCAUGUGGUCGCCUCACUCUUGGUUGACCCCAAUAGCAUGCAGUCUCAUUCAGAGUCUGUGGCGUUAAAGCCCAAAUAUGCCAUGUUUCUGUCGGAGAGGCUAGCUGUUAGCCGCCCGCUCAGUGGGGCGGGUGUCAGCUAGCCUGAGGCGAGCAGCAUCUGUAAAGGCACUAAAGAAGCAGACUUCAAGUGUGUGUGUGUGUGUGUGUGUGUGAUGGUGUGGGGGGGGGGUCAGGUCUGAAUAACCACACUGCUAAUGUUUUUAUGCAUCCUGUUUAUUUAUUUGAAUGUGGAGAAGUUGCAUAUUGUAGCUUUAAGUUUUCAUCUAAAAAGCUUAACCUCACACGAGCUAAUGGAGCUCAUUUGUAUUGGUUUACGUUUGUUCAGUUUAUUUAAAGGGCCAGCUCAACCAAAAUACAAAACAACAUACUUUUCUCUGCCUGUCGAAAAUAAUUCAGAGAGCUAAAGUCACAUUUGGACCUCUUGUUUUAUUCACCAAUUUUUUUUUUUGGGGGGGGGGAUUUCAAAUGGGUUGUCAUUUGUAGUGUUCACCGCAUUGAAUCAUGGGUCAAUUUUUGGGGGCCCCUAUUUCUUCUUUAAAUGAUAGCUCCAAGGUAAACUGUUCACAGAGAGCAGCACAAACUAAAUUCCGUUAAGGUCCAUUGUGUUAUGUUGGAGGUGGGAAUCUGAAACGCUGAAUUUAAUCUGCAAAUAUUUUUGGUUGAACUGACCCUUUAAUGUUCAACCAGCUACCUUUUGAGGCUGAACCAGUGUGGCGCUACGAAAGUGAAUUAGCUUCUAUAUAUGUGCGGCACCUUUAACUGUAGUUCAGGAGAGGCCGUGUUAGCUGCGUUAGCAUGCUGAUGCACCAAGGUUAAACAGACCGCUACUACUCAGAUUCAUAGCUAGCGUAUUUCUUUAGAGUGUAAAAUAUAACUAAUAUAUAAUUAAACCUGUUCCCUCACAGCAUGUUGCUUUUCUCCUCUUCCUGUUUGUCCCUGUGUUGUCAUCGGGUAUGGCAGUGUGUGUGUGGCAGGAGUGUGUUUGACUUUUUUUUGGUCUCUGGAGAGUCUUGUUUUGCUUCGGACUCAUUACUGGUUUCUAGAAGUCGUUCACUAACAUAAGCUCUGUUUUUGUAUUAGCUAUGACUUUGGUUCAGAUUUUUUGAAGCUUUGGGAAAGAUGUUGCAGGAAAAAAAAAAAG